GAUGUACACUGUGAUAUGGACACACAAGAUGGAGGUUGGACGGUUAUUCAGAGGCGUUUUGACGGAACAAUCGAUUUCAGCAGACCGUGGAACGAGUACAAAGAAGGAUUUGGUUCAGUGCAUUCUUCUUAUUGGAUAGGAAAUGACGUCAUUCAUCAAUUAACCAAGAACAGACCGUCUCUGUACGUAUCCAUUACAUUGACCAAUGGAACCAUUUUAUAUCAAAAGUACGAGACAUUCUCUGUAAGCGAUGAGACAGACAAAUACAGACUUUACCUGGCUGGAUCAACGGAAGGGACUUUAGGUGACAGCCUGCAUCAUCAUAAGGGGAUGUCUUUCAGUACUUCAGAUUUAGACAACGACAUGUGGAGUGCUAACUGUGCUGCGUACUACGGAGGAGGCUGGUGGUUUAACUCCUGUCACCAUGCCUACCUCAACGGUCCCUGGUCUCCAGCAGUCUGGUCUAGACCUUGGUACCCUACAGUUGGUAAUGGUAGAGAGAUAAAGGAGACUCUCAUAAUGAUAAAGCCUCACUAA